AUGGACGAAGCAGGUGCUGCGACAGAUGGCCAGAAGUCACGCGAGCUCAAACGCAAAGCACAGCUGAGAGAGGCCCAGCGUCGCUUGAGACAGCGCAAGAUGGAUGCGCUCAAGGACGCGAAUAACGAGAUAGAAGAGCUUCGGAAACAGCUCGCUGAGGCCAAAGAAACAAUCGCUCGUCUCAACUCUUUCAACAACUCUCCAGCCACCGAUGAGAUCAUCACUCCAGACACGACAAGCUACCAGCAGGAUUUCGGAACCAUACCUGCCCUUAGUGGCCAAAUCUAUAAGCAUGGUAUCAUACAAGAUGAUAGCAUCAUGGGAGAGACACUGACCCCUUUGUCACCUUCGACUCUGGAGGGUUUCUUCCCAGGAGCAUCCAACGAUCUGCUGUCAUUGGAUAUACCAGACGAUCUCGACCUCCCACAAUUCAACAGCACAAUCAGACAAUCUCUCACUCCAGAUCCUACACCUAAAUCGUCCGGCUAUACGUUUGGUCAGAUCUGGCCGCUUGGAUACACAGCUGUUCCUGACGAACAUAUGCCGUAUGUGCCGUUGUCUACUUUCUCAAGCGGAUCGUCGAGCCCUUCCGCACAGCUUAUUCAUCAGCCCGCUCCACCAGCAUACACACCGAUCCGCGGACCGACCUUUGCAAAAAGGCUGUGGCGACGUUGUGCAGAAACGGCGCUACGCAUCCUCACAGAUACCAAAAAGCACCAGAGUGCAGUAGAAAGAGCGUUUGGUGCUUACUUUGGCCACUUUUCGCCAGAGAAGGUCCGCCGAUCACUUGCUAUGGCUUUGAGCAAAGACGAAUUCGGGGGACUGGAGUAUCACACCUAUCCAAACUUCCACUUUGGAGCACACUCGAGGGUUGUGCAAGACCUAGAGGCCGAAAGGCUCACAAGUCCCGAACAAUUGAACUUUGAGGACGAUCCAUACAUGACACCUCGAGAUAUUGAGAAUUACUUUGUCUGGAAUGGUCAGUUGAAGCAGUCUGUUGACUCGAAGGGUAAUAUUGUGACCUUGCCCUGCCACUUUGAUUUCCAAGGCAAGAGAUGGGUUCUGGAAGAGAACAGGCUCAUUCACAUACUUAUGCAAGUCUCUGUCUGCCUCGGCCAAGGUCCUGCUAUUCUGGCAUCACAAGUCAUUGCUGCGACCUUCCAGAGCAUGCAAAGGGUGUUGAUUCAAUCACACUGA